CAUCAAUAACCUUCCCAAGGUACUCCCUCUCGAGUUCUUUUUAGAGAUGGUAUCCAGUCUCCCUGGAAUAACAUUACCACGAGCAUUGCGUGGAUGUUUACGUGGAGAAAUGGAAUGCGUGUUAAAGGGCUGUCCACGUAAACCACAACAUUCGUUUCACAGAAUUGGCUAUUUCCAGACCGUCCUGUGAUUUCCAAAAUCUGGAGUGUUCUUCUAAAAAUAACUUCAGUGGCGAGGGAUAGCUUGGAAAUAAGGCCUAUAUGGGGGGAUUAUCUCUGUUACUCUUCAUCCACUCUUGGUUUACUCCAUGUCGUUUUCUGUGGGUCAUAGCUGCACGAGUAAUAUUUGACUCGGUAUAAUCAUUCACUCGUUCGUUAUGUUGUUUGUCAGGGAAGACGAUCAAUGCAAAAAAGACACGACGGCACGAAUUUAUAAUUUAUGAAAAUAUCAACCGUCAGAAUUAAUUACCAUAACAAACACCAGUAAAAACCAAUAAAUUUUGCAAUAAGAACACUCGUUUAAAUAUUUAAUUUUGGAAUUUCUUCAUUCGAAUUUUGGUCGGUCUCUCUGAUUUGGGGAACGGAGAUGACUUGACAUUUCUUUUCAUGGCUCAGUUUAACCAAAAAGUGUGGGAUAUAUUAGAAACGAAUGGGAAAACUGUAAUUAAGAAAACAGUGUCAAAUUUUGAACGAGAAAAAAAAAAGGAAUUUUUCAAAGCGAAAUUACAGCAAUUUAACCACACGUCUUUGUCUUUUGUAGCAGUGUUUUUGUUUGGAUUUUAUAUAUUCUUUGGAAUUGAUUGGUGUUUGCUUUUGAUCCUGAAAUGUCCAUUUCCUAUCCGCAUCAGGAAUCAGGAAACUUAACCCAUCUUUGGCUCUCCUGUCGGAAAGUGAGGUCUUUGUCUAACUUUCGUUUCAUGCCUGAAAACGUCGAUGAAAGACCGUAAUAGAUCAUCAAUCUCGAGACAGGCAAACAAUCGUCCAUUUGACAUCACAAUGAUUAUAGUAAAUAUGGUAUUUACUUUUUAAAGACUUCUCCGAUAUUAAAAAGUCGGGCCACUUUGUUUGUAGUUCGUUGAUCCUCUUGGAUAUCACGUACUUGGGUCAGUUAUAUGCUUGCGCUGUUUAAAACAGGUUCGAUAUCAAAGCUUAUUUAUCGCCUAGGAAGUGUGAUAAGCUCUUACAGACUGAUGGAGAAUUCUACAUUGGAGGGAAAUUUUGAAUCAAAUUAUCCACUUGGAUUGAAAAUCCUCUUCUACACUGCGUUUAUAAUUUCGCUUCCCUUGACUGUUUUCGGGAAUGGUUUUGUCAUACUAGCAGUUGUUAUUAACAAGAAGCUCCGUUCAGCCACCAAUGCCUUGAUAGUCAGCCUGGCCUUUGCUGACUUGCCUGUGGGUGUGGUCAUCUUUCCUCUCAUAUCAAUCACUCAGAAAUACGGACCAAGUCUGCAGUGUGGCCGACAGUUAUGUCACAGCACCAUCGUCCUCACGGAAGUGUUCCUGAGCGCUUCGUGUCUGCAUCUGUUAUUCAUAAGUGUGGAUAGAUACAUAGCGAUAAACAACGCCCUCCGUUACCACACCAUCGUUACGUCCAGACGCAUCACUUGCGUGAUUGCUUUCAUCUGGAGUCUGUCCCUAAUCGUGGCUGUGUUUCCAUUCCUUGGCUGGCGGGAGGUCCGUCCUCGGGUGCUUGGAGGCUACUGUCAAUAUCAUCUCAAUCUCGCUCCUAGCUACAUUCUAUUUUUACAUGUCACGGUCUGCCUGACACCGCUGACCACCACCUGUCUAGCUUAUUGUAAGAUAUUUCAAGUUGCACGACUGCAGGCUCAGAAAAUUGCUUCCAUGACGAUUAGUGGGACUGAACAAGAAAGAUGUCGAACGAAAUUGGACAAGGAGCGUAAAAUCACUCUGUCGGUGGCUGUUGUAGUGGGAGUGUUCAUACUCUGCUGGGGCCCACUAAACAUCAUGCUUAUCAUCUACUGCGCAUGUCAGAGUUGCGUCUCUUCCAUUGCCAUGGAGACCGCUGAAGUGUUUUCCAUGUUAAACUCGGGCUGUAAUCCUCUCAUCUACGGCACGUUUAACAAGGACUUUCGCAGAACUUUCAAGGCCAUGUUAAGAUGCCGCUGGCGUCAAAUAAGCCGCGAAGAGAUCGAAGGCUCAACCCAUGUGGCUAUGAACACAUCGAAGGCUUCUGUUAAUGGUGCGAAAUAGGGGCAAUAAAAGUUACUGUAUAGUUAGCUAAUGAACAGAAAGGACUAGUUGUCGAAACCAGCUUGUUCGAUGCGUUAGAGGUUUUGAAAGAAAUGAAAUAUUAAGACUAUUAAGGCAAUUAAAACUGAAUUUUUGGCAUAAUCAAAGA